UUGGUUUCAUUCGGAAACCAAAAGCUCGAGAGCGAGAGGGAGAGGAGGAGGAGGAGGAGGAGAGGGGAAUCGUCGACGGCAAUGGCACAGCCGGAGGAUAUCGGGGUGGAGACUGUGAAGGAGCUUGCUCCGGAGAGGAGUGUGUCGCCAAUCUCCAACAUCGUCAUCAUCAUCGCUAUGCAAACGGAGGCGAUCCCGCUUAUUAACAGGUUUAAGCUAUCGGAGGACACUGAUCAAUCUUUGUUCCCUAAAGGGGUCCCAUGGGUUAGAUAUCAUGGCACAUAUAAAGAUUUGCAUAUAAAUUUAAUUUGGCCGGGAAAGGAUCUUGCCCUUGGGGUUGACAGUGUAGGGACUGUUUCAGCAUCUCUUAUAACAUAUGCUUCUAUUCAAGCUUUGAAGCCUGACCUUAUCAUUAAUGCUGGAACUGCUGGUGGUUUUAGAGCAAAAGGAGCAUGUGUUGGUGACAUCUACUUGGCAUCUGAUGUUGCUUUUCACGACAGAAGAAUCCCAAUACCUGUUUUUGAUACAUAUGGAAUUGGAGCAAGACGAACCUGCCUUACUCCAAAUCUGAUUAAAGAACUCAACUUGAAGGUCGGUAAAUUAUCAACUGGUGAUUCAUUAGAUAUGACUCCACAAGAUGAAGCAGCAAUUCUGGCAAAUGAUGCUACUGUCAAAGAUAUGGAGGGAGCAGCAAUUGCCUAUGUAGCAGACCUCUUCGCAGUUCCGGCCAUAUUUGUAAAAGCAGUCACAGACAUCAUCGAUGGAGAGAAACCCACAGCUGAGGAAUUCAUCCAAAAUUUAGUGGCAGUUACUGAAGCAUUGGACCAGGCUGUGACCCAAGUCAUUGAUUUUAUUAGUGCCAAGUGCCUUUCUCAUCUCUGAAUAAUCUAUAUAUAUAUGAAUGUCUCACAUUCAUAAUUAUGAGUUUACUGAUAUUUUUGCUGGAAAUUUAAAAACCUCUCCAUGAUACAGAGAGAGAUAAGGGAUUUUUUAAGUACCAAUAAAAGAAAUCCAUUUCUCUU